AUAAAACCCAAGUCUCCAAGCAGAUCUUGGAGAAUGAUAUUAUGAAGAAGGAUGAAAAAUUGAUGAAAAGAGAUAGAGUAGCGAAGAAGAAAGAGUUUAAAUAAACUAUUCUCAAGUUCUCUCAACAAAUUGGAAGAUUUCUCUGUGGUAAAUUGGGAUUUCAUGUAUACAAAUGAGAACAAUUCUUGGAUUUUUAAAGGUUUAACAAAAAUACUCUCAAAAGAUCUCCAACAAAUAACUAUUGAUGGCUUAAUUCUAUCACAUAAAGAAUUUAUUAGAAUUAUCCUAUGCGGAUCAUCAUUAAAAAUCCUUCAAAUUUUAAACUGCAAACUCGGUGAAGGAAAACUCCAAACAAAACUAUCCGGAAACUCCUCUCUCAAGCACCUCAUCCUCUCCUACGAGCACAUAACAUCCUCCAGAAGAUCCAGGCUCCCUUCAGAACCCAAAAACCUACCUCAAAUCCUCCACAACAUUUCCUACUGCCCUUGCUCAUCCUCUCUCACCCACCUCCACCUCCUCGAAUGCCGCCUCCCCCCUUUCCAAAGCCAGGUCCCUCAAAAAACACUCAACUUCCCCAAAACCCAAUUCAAACUCAUGAACAAUCGAAGAGUGACCUUCAUCGACUAG